AUGGGCGGAUCACCACCUUGCGGUGACUCGGUUCGAGCCGUCAAAGAUUACAAACGUCAAGCAACCACCUCUCAGAAGUGGCCUUCUCCAGUCGAAAAUGAUCACCAGAUCACUUUUUCGGCACUAGACACCAAGGGCGUCCACAUCGGCGAAUGUCUGGUCGUAAAAGUCCUUAUUGAUACCGACAGCUCAGUCGAUCUCAUCUUUCGCGACACACUCGACAAAAUGGGAAUUGAUUUAAGGGAUAUGAAGCCUUCCUCUCGCACGCUCACCGGCUUCAACGGAGCCUCAGAGCAAAUGAUCGGGACAAUCCGCCUUCCAGUUUACGCAGGUGGUAUAACCCGCACCAUCAAGUUCUCCGUCAUCCGCGCCAAAGCACCCUAUAAUGCCAUACUCGGAACACCAUGGCUGCAUUCCAUGAAAGCCGUCCCUUCGACUUAUCAUCAAUGCAUCAAAUUUCCCGGAAAAGACGGCAAAACUCAGACGAUUCGGGGAGAUCAACAAGCCGCGAGAGAACUACUGAUCGCAACUGUAAAGAUGCAGCAACAAGCUUCCCUUGUCAACUCCGUCAGUAAACCACUCAACAAGAUAUACCCUCAGAAGGAGGAAGUUCGCGAAGUCGCAAUUGAUGAAUCCGACCCGACGAAAAUCAUCCGAGUUGGCGUCUACCUGUCCGACGACGUAUGUUCAAGGAUCAUCUCUUUCAUCAAAGACAACGCCUCGACGUUCGCCUGGAAGACUUCCGACAUGAAGGGUAUCGACCCCGCAGUUACCUCUCAUGAACUGCACAUCGACCCGACGUUCAAACCCAUCCGACAGAAGCGACGUAAACUCGGUCCAGAACGAUCUAAAGCCAUAAACGAAGAAGUCGACAGGCUCCUCGACGCGGGUUUCAUAACCGAAGUCCGAUACCCCAAAUGGUUGGCUAACCCGGUUGUCGUCAAAAAGAAAAACGGCAAAUGGCGCAUAUGCGUCGACUUUACGGACAUCAACAAGGCGUGCCCAAAGGACAGUUACCCACUCCCUCAUAUCGAUCGUCUCGUCGAAUCAACUGCUGGAAUCGAGGCUAACCCCAAGCAGAUCUCGGCGAUCCUCGAUCUUCCAAGCCCAAAGAACAGCCGCGAAGUACAGCGAUUAACCGGACGCAUAGCAGCUCUCAACAGGUUCAUCUAG